AUGGAUCCGGGGCCGCGAUUGCAAGUGUGCAAGUGGACAGGCUGCGGCGAAAACUUUCCCACCUCGAAGGAGCUCCACGACCAUGUCCGCGACUCGCAUGUGGCCAACGAGGUCGCCGUGGCCGGUUCGUUUACCUGCGGGUGGGGCUCCUGUCCGACGACGACCAAGAGGCGCGGCAAAUUGGUCUCGCACCUUCUCGUGCACGUGAAUUACAAGGCGCACAAGUGCAACAUGUGCGAAAAGACGUACAAGCGGCCCCACGAGCUUAAGAAGCACCAG